AUGCAUACUAGAAACACUCGCUCUGCUGCACGCCACGCUGCAGCUGAUACUGCUUCCAAUAGCACCGUCGAGCCCCCAGGGAGUCGUCUAGCGACAAACCCCUCGUCACGAAAACGCAAAGCCACUGUGCAACGUGACAAAGCGCACGAGGACGCAGAGCCUCCUGCCCAACCUACUUCGCCAUCGAGAAAAACCAAGAAACAGCGCACAGCGUCAAGCCUUACAGAGUCGAGCACUCCUGUCUCUGCUCCUGCUGCUGGAUCGCGGCGAACGGCUAGAAAUCGUCCAGCAAUGUCACAACCUGGCUCGUCGUCUCAGCCCUCUGAUACGACGUCUAGAGUACGAACUUCCUCCUCCUCCACGACGAGACGGAAAUCAAGUAAAAAUGGAAAAACACGCCCUGGUGAUAAGGAUUCCUUGCCAUUAAGGUCUAGUAGUCGGAUGGAGGUCUCUGAGUCGCCUUUCACAGCAGAUGGUGAGGCGCGAAAUAAUCAAUCGUCCCACCGUCGACAAAAGAAACGCUCGCCAAAGCAAAGUCCGGAUAUUCCCAUGCGAGACACUGAUGAAGAGCCGAGCGAACAAGAUCCUCCCAGGGAAGACGACGAUGCGGAAUCUUCACCACCCAGUGAAAGCAACGACGGCAUGCAUCCACCCGGCCUGAUGGAUGACGAUGAUACAGAUCCUUUCCGUAGCGGCCUAUUUGGGUCUCGUACCCCCCUCGGCCUGCAAAACACCCUCAGAGCUCUGACAGGAAUGAUGACGGGCAUGUCUUCACGGUUACGUGAGAUACUAUCCCAAUUAAGAAUGAAAGAGGACCCCUCCAUACAACUCAUUGCCUUACAAGAGCUUUCUGAUCUUCUACUCGUCUCCAAUGAAGAUAACUUGUCCGGUCAAUUUUCGCCAGAUCCGUACGUCAAGGAGCUGGUAGCUCUUAUGCAGCCAAGUGAGAUGGGAGAAGAAAACCCUGAGAUUAUGCUGUUGGCUUGUAGAUGCCUCGCCAAUCUCAUGGAGGCUCUUCGCGGUUCUGUCGCCAAUGUUGUCUACGGUGGAGCAGUCCCAGUCUUGUGUCAGAAGUUAUUAGAUAUUCAAUUUAUCGAUCUUGCUGAACAAGCACUGAGUACUUUGGCGAAAAUCUCGGUUGAUUUCCCUGCAUCCAUUGUCCGUGAAGGCGGUCUUACUGCUUGCUUGACCUAUCUAGACUUUUUCCCUACAAGCACUCAACGUACAGCUGUGACGACCGCUGCCAACUGCUGCCGUAGCCUCCCAGGCGAUUCGUUUCCCGUUGUCAAAGAUGUCAUGCCGACGCUGCUCAACGUUCUCUCGAGCAGUGACCAAAAAGUCGUUGAGCAGGCUUGUCUAUGCGUGUGCAGAAUUGUGGAAAGUUUUAAAUAUAAGCCCGAGAAACUGGAAGAACUCAUUGAGCCGGCUAUGCUCAAGGCAAUCCUUCGCCUUCUCCUACCGGGUACUACCAACUUAAUAGGGCCUCAUAUCCACACCCAGUUUUUGCGAGUUCUAGGCAUCGUUGCUCAAGCCAGUCCUCGAUUAUCCGUCGAAUUGCUUCGAAUGGAUGUUGUAGACACUCUCUACCAGAUUCUGACAGAUGUUUCUGCUCCACGCGAGGUUGAAAGCGGUGUCAAAAUCGACAACGUCGUCAUCAUGCAAGCAUUGAUACAUCGUCCACGAGAGCAGGUUUUCGAAAGCUUAAGUGUCAUUUGCGAGCUUCUUCCUAGCAGCAGCCACAGUCCUACUUCUUCCACCCGAUUUGACGAUGCUUUGAUCACCGCCGGAAUUCGAAGCCGUGUCAGCUCACAAUCUUCCUCCAGAGCUAAAGAGUCCGCUGAAAAGAGGCGCAGUCUAUUUGCAGAUUGCAGGGCUGAAUUGAAACGUUUUGCGAUGGUGCUGCUUCCAACUCUGACGGAUGCAUAUUCAAGUACUGUGAAUUUGGGCGUCCGUGAGAAGGUCCUUCACGCGCAGCUCAAAAUGCUCCAAAAUAUCGAUGCGCAUGUGAUCAAGGAUGCUCUUCGCACGGUUCCUUACGCCUCAUUCUUGGCUGCGAUUCUAUCUCAGAAAGACCAUCCUGUUCUGGUUUCGAGUGCUUUGCAAUGUGCCGAACUACUUUUUGAACGUUUACAGGAAAUCUAUCAAUAUCAAUUCCAUCGGGAAGGUGUGAUAUCCGAGAUAGCGGAAUUGGCUGAAAAACCUUUGUCCAUCGAAAGAACGGCCAGUCUUCCACCAACUAAGCCUUUGGAAGAUAUUACAAUGCCCGAUCGAGACGUAGGUCAGUCGGAUUCUAGAGCAACCAGCGAAGAUAUUAGCGCAAUACGUGAUGACAACCAUGAUGAUGAUCAGGAAGAGGACGAAGACGACAAGAACCAGAAUGACCGGGAUGAAGAUGAAGAUGAAGAUGAAGAUGAGGACGACGAAGACAAUGAUAAUGACGACAUUUCCGAGUCCGAGAGCUCCACAUCGUUCACUACUCCUCGUCAGCUUUCUCAGACCAUGGACGCUGUAAUGAAUGAUAAUGUCACACUUGCCGCUCGCGCUUUUCUUCAGGUGUACGAAAAGUCGGAGAGCACCAAGUCGAUGGCAGAAAAGGCGACCAAUAUUCUCAAUGAAUUACAACGCUUGGCAUCUGAUAUCAAGUCUGUGUACUUCGGAGAUCGAGCGGAGGACCCUGUGAACCUGUUCCAGAGGCUUGCAUCCUACUUUGAGGGCGAUGCAUUGGAGAAUAUCACUAGCUCUGAGCUCCUCAAAUCAGGAAUUAUUGACGUUCUUCUCGAAAUAUUUAGUUCCAACUCAUCUGCACGCGAUGCACGGACAAGCUUUGUGCAAGCCUUUUUGGGUACGACCAUUCCAGAAGCAGCCCGUAGUCAGACAUCAUCCAAGACUGCCUUCAGUGUGUUUGUCCAAAAGCUUCACGACCUCUUCAGCCGUACAGAACAUUUCGAAGUAAUUACUGUUGGUCACAAUUCUCUUGAAAACACACGAAGCAACGCCACAUACAUGCUUGGCAAACAAGUCCGGCUGAAACUAAUCGCCGACGAUGCCUCUGAAAUCCCCCGCCCGUAUAAGAACAUUAUGGUCUCAAUUCAUGCAAUUGCGACGUUCAAGUCUCUCGACGACUUUUUACGCCCUCGGAUCAGCUUGUCAGACCGUCCGCGAGUUUCACGUAAUCGUGACCUUUUAUCACAUCUCACCGGAGGGGAAAGGUUCCGCGAAUCACCCAGCCAAGACAAUGAUUCUCGGGGUUCAGCCUUACAAUCUUCCCGAACGGACACCACACCGCAUCAUGGACGAUCGUCAGACAAUUCAAAGAAUGCAGGUGGUAGCCAACGCACACCAGUUGCCGGACGUGAUCGCAGAGUCGGAACCCGCCGGUCUAGUCGAAACCAACCCUCUAGUGUGGAUGGUGAUGAGCUUCACGAUGACCGUCCCUUAGAAUGUGCUGAUGAGAAACAGCUUAGCGAGGAGGACAAUGAGGAUGAAGAGUCCGAUGAUAACGGCGAUGAAGAGCUGAACGCUAUUGUUGACGAUCUGGAGGAUGAGCUUUCUGACGAUCCUGGCCCUGAGCCUACUGCUGUCAAUAUGGAAGUCGCAUCUACAGGUAAAGUCACUGCUCGCAAAGACGAUGGAACUCGUGUCGCAACCCCAUCUCAAUCACAAACACUUGACCGGAGCUCGUCUUCCAACUCGGUUCCAGCCCUCGCUGCUGUGGGUGGCGGUUCGUUAGCUAUGGCAGGUAGACCUUUUCCAUCCUACGCCGCCGCAAUGGCAUCUAUCCCUCAGGACUGGCACAUCGAGUUCAGCAUUGAUGAUCAGCCAAUCACGAAUGAGACUACGAUCUACCGUGCAAUUCACCACAGUCGAGACCAUAUUGACGACGGUGGCCGAAAUAUUUGGGCUGCGAUACACACAGUGAAAUUCCGUCGUGUUCCGGGGCCACCACCGGCGGAAACAUCCUCCCUAGCAUCCGGUUCACAAGAUACAGCCGCUAGAGAUGAGAAGACAGGCCUUCCCCAAUCCCUGAGCAAAGACUCUACUACUGCAUCUAUCUUGCAAUUAUUGCGAGUACUACAUGAAAUUAACGCCCAUCUUGACGAUCUCAUUGCCGAGAGCAAGGAACUGAUUGCAGUCACAGCCGAACCGCUGUCGCAAUUCAUCAACACUAAAUUGACCGCCAAAUUGAACCGUCAAUUGGAAGAGCCGCUGGUUGUUGCAAGUAGUUGCCUUCCAAGUUGGAGUGAGGAUCUCGCUCGCGAGUUCCCAUUCUUGUUUCCAUUUGAAACUCGACAUCUCUUCCUGCAGUCUACUGCAUUUGGCUAUUCUCGUUCGAUGAUGCGUUGGCAGAAUUCUCAACUUGAAGACAGCCGUCGGGAUCAACGCCGUGAUGAUCGCCCAUUCCUUGGUCGUCUCCAGCGACAGAAAGUCCGGAUCUCGAGAUCCCGUAUCCUCGAGUCGGCCAUGAAAGUUAUGGAAUUAUAUGGAUCUUCUGCUAGCAUACUUGAGGUUGAGUAUUUCGAAGAGGUGGGAACCGGUCUCGGCCCCACUCUCGAGUUCUACUCUUCUGUCUCUAAAGAGUUUUCAAGAAAGAAGUUCAAACUUUGGCGGGAAAAUGACUCCGACACUAAAAGUGACUACGCUUUUGGAAAGCAUGGCUUGUUUCCGGCACCCAUGAGUAAUCGGCAAGCCGAAUCGGAGUCUGGCAAACGGCAACUUCAGCUAUUCAAAGCUCUCGGCAAGUUUGUGGCUCGCUCUAUGCUAGAUUCGCGGAUAAUCGACAUCAACUUUAAUCCUACCUUUUUCCGAGUAACUUCAACCUCGUUUACCCCCUCCUUAGGAACCGUGAAAACUGUGGAUCGAGAUCUCGCAAACUCGCUGCUUCUAGUCAAACAUUUCGUCAAUGCGAAGAAACGCCUUUUCAAAAAUUCAUUGCUCUCUACCAGUCAAAAGGCCCAGAUCGCCCAAAACAUUGAAGUCGAUGGCGUUCGUGUUGAUGAUUUGGGCUUGGACUUUACCUUGCCUGGAUAUCCAUCUAUCGAAAUGAUUGCCAAUGGAUCCAACAUUGCGGUUACCAUUGAUAAUGUAGAUAUGUACCUAGAUCGUGUCAUUGAUUUUACCUUGGGCAGCGGAGUUCGUCAACAAGUCGAAGCAUUUCGAUCUGGAUUUUCACAGGUGUUCCCAUAUUCAGCGUUACGAGCUUUUACUCCCAAUGAGCUUGUAAUGUUAUUUGGACGAGUCGAAGAGGACUGGUCUAUUGAAACACUCAUGGACUCUAUAAAAGCAGACCAUGGCUUCAACAUGGAUAGCAAGAGUGUGCGAAACUUGCUGCAAACUAUGAGUGAACUGGACGCACAGCAGCGUCGAGAUUUCUUGCAAUUUGUCACUGGAAGCCCGAAGCUUCCGAUAGGAGGCUUCAAGAGUCUCACGCCUAUGUUUACGGUAGUGUGCCGUCCAAGCGAACCUCCAUAUACGUCAGACGAUUACCUACCCAGUGUAAUGACUUGUGUCAAUUACCUCAAAUUACCUGACUACAGUAGCCUAGAGGUUCUUCGUGAGCGCCUUAUUGUGGCUAUCCAGGAAGGCCAAGGGGCUUUCCACCUUUCAUGA